AUGUCUCUUGCGCCAGAGCCUGUCUGGACGAGAAGCCAAUGUGAAUCGCGGUCUUUUGAAUGGAUGGGCGACUAUUUAACGCAAUUAGGAAAACAAGGCGUUAUAACCUAUCCUUUUCGCGAUAAACGAUUGCUCACUGUUAAUGAAGGUAUGUAA